CUCAUAACAGAGUGAACCAGUUUAUUUCAUUCCGGUCUCGGAGUCUCUUUCUAUCUGAUUCAUGGCUGCCAUGGAAGGAGUAAUCGGAGCUCAGGCUCAGGAUCCUUCUCAAGUUCAGCAGCAGCAACAACAGAAGGUGGAGAAGCUAAAUGCGGCGGUGCAGCAGCAGCUCAACUUAGAAUCCGUAAAGACUCGAGCCAUCGGUCUCUUCAAGGCCAUUUCUAGAAUCCUCGAAGACAUAGACGCCAUUGCUCGCACCAAUUCCGUCCCCAAAUGGCAAGAUAUUCUGGGUCAAUUUUCUAUGGUCAAUCUUGAACUUUACAACAUUGUUGAAGAUAUAAAGAAAGUGUCCAAGGCAUUUGUUGUACAUCCAAAGAAUAUAAAUGCAGAGAAUGCAACAAUUCUUCCCGUGAUGUUGUCAUCAAAGCUAUUGCCUGAGAUGGAAGCAGAGGACAACUCCAAGAGAGAGCAAUUACUACAUGGGAUGCAAAACCUUCCAAUACCCACACAAAUUGAAACGCUAAAGAAGAGAAUUGACAUGAUUGGAGCAGCCUGUGAAAGUGCUGAAAAGGUCAUUGCUGAUACUCGCAAAGCCUAUGGUCUGGGCACUCGUCAAGGGCCCACAAUUGUUCCAACUUUAGACAAAGUUCAAGCUGCAAAAAUUCAAGAGCAAGAGUCUUUACUUCGUGCUGCUGUAAAUUAUGGUGAAGGAUUACGAAUACCUGGAGAUCAGAGGCACAUUUCUUCUGCCCUUCCCUUACAUCUUGUAGAUGUGCUUACUGCUGGAGAUGGUACACAGGGUUUCGCUGAUGCUUCUGGAAUGUAUCAAAAGAACACGCCCCCCUUGUCAUCGAACACUGUUGGCAUUCAGGGAGCUGUACCACAGGGCACUGGAGCACAGCUUAUAGGGAGGUCAGUUCCAUCUCCAUCUGGUACAGCUGGAGCCACUUCCUUUGAUGCUACAUCUGCAUCACCGCUGUCAUAUGCCAAUUCACCAAGAUCUGGAGCAAAUAUAAUGAAUACACCUUCUCCUCAACAACAAACACAGCAGCAGCAACAACAACAACAGCAACAGCAACAACAACAACAGCAACAACAGAGGCAGAAGCUGAUCUCACAGCUAUCCCCACAUCAGCAGCAGCUUCUCGCUCAACAACAGUUUAGACAAUCUUCUGCAUCAGGCUUAGGGCAGACCCAGCUGCCACAGCUGCAUGAUUUGCCAGGUCAGACACAGCAGAAAUUUCAGCCGGUACAUGGGCAACAUCAGAUGCAAUUUUCUCAGCCAUUGACACAUCAAUCAUUCCAGAGUCGGCAAUUGCCUGGGCAUGUUCAGCAUAGCAUUGGGCAAAGUCAGCUCAACCAGGGAAAUCAGCUUCGGAGUCAUUUGAGCCAGUUUCCUGGAACUGCUAAUAGUGCAUUGUUCAAUGCUGCUCAGCCGUCACCGAAUUCUCAGAUGCUUUCAAAUAUGACAAACAUGUCAGCUGCAAUGCCAUCACAGUCACAUUUGCCACGUAUGCAGUUUGGUUUAACUGGUGCCCAUCAGCGGAAUCCUGCUUCUCAAAUGAUGAGUGAUCCAAUGUUUAACAUGGGUACAACCAAUCCUAGUAUGAUGCCAAUGCAACAGCAGCAGCAGCAUGGUGUACAAGGUGGGUUUGGAAACAUUCCAGCAAAUGCUCAGAAUCUGCAACCUAAUAUGGUAGCUCUUCAGAAUGCAGCAGCAAACCCUAAUUUCCAACAGAGACAACAAGGUCAACAGUAACCCCAACAGCUUGUUUCCCUUCGACGUUUGAUAUGUUGGCCGUUGCUUGACUACUUGGCAAGCAUAUAUGUAACAGCAGUGGCUGAUUCCUGUCUCAACUGGUAGAGCACAGGGUGCAAUUUUGGAAUUUAUCAUGGUGAAUGGGUUUGUAGUCAGUUGACGUGAGAGUUAUCUUUUUUACUAAAACAUGCCUAAUCAGCUAAUCGUUGUUUAGAUUUUUUAGAGCUAAGGUCGAUUUCGUUGUAAAUUUUUUCUUUUUUUUAAUGUUUUGCUUAAUUACCAUCUCUUGUUCCACUGUAUCCUUAAAAAGUUAUACCCUUUGUGUAUCGUUACAAAGUUAUUUUUGGCAUAAUUACAAAGAAAUGAUAUAAAUGUUCCUUU